GCUCCCCCGGGGUCCCCGGGAAGGGGCGAGGGCUCACCGAUGUGCGUGAGGAGGUGCCUGGUGGGCCUCACCUUUUGUACCUGCUACCUAGCUUCUUACCUCACGAACAAGUAUGUCCUGUCUGUCUUGAAAUUUACCUACCCUACAUUAUUCCAAGGGUGGCAGACAUUAAUUGGUGGACUUUUGCUUCAUGUGUCAUGGAAACUGGGCUGGGCCGAGAUCAACAGCAGUUUAAGAUCUGAUGUUUCAACGUGGCUUCCUGCUUCGGUGCUGUUUGUGGGUAUAAUCUAUGCUGGUUCCAGAGCAUUAUCCAAACUGGCCAUUCCUGUGUUUCUCACUUUGCAUAAUGUAGCUGAAGUUAUCCUCUGUGGGCACCAGAAGUGUUUUCGGAAAGAGAAAACUCCUCCUGCAAAGACCUGUAGUACCCUCUUCCUCCUGGCUGCUGCAGGAUGCCUUCCCUUCAACGACCCCCAGUUUGAUCCUGGUGGAUAUUUCUGGGCUGUAAUUCACUUACUCUGCGUAGGGGCUUAUAAGAUACUACAGAAGGCCCGGAAACCCAACGUGCUAAGCGACAUUGACCAGCAGUACUUAAACUAUAUGUUCAGUGUGUUGCUCUUGGCACUUGCGUCUCAUCCCACAGCCCGCCUCGGACCACCCCACGGCUCAUCAGAGUCCCCCACCGCAGCCCGCGCUGGGCUGGGAAGGCUACCAGUGCCCCGCGAACCCCGUUCUGAUGAGAGCCUGGGUGCAGAGAGGAGCAGUGCCCGAGGAAUCUCGAGGUCCUGCACUUAGCUCAUCUCCUCUCUGUCCUUCCUCCUCACCACACGGACCGCACGGCCAGUGCCCUCGCACUGAGAGGGACACUGGAAGGGGGCCAAGAACCACAGUGGCCAGAGUGAGCGAAACCCUGCAU